AUGGCCUCACCGCUGCCUCCUGACCCAUAUCUGGCACUCGGUGUUGCCAAGGAUGCCUCUGCUGCUAUUAUCAAGCUGCAAUAUCGCAAGCUGGUCCUAAAGUUCCACCCCGAUAAAGUGCAGGACGAAUCGCAGAAGCAGAUUGCCUCUGACCAGUUUCAUCGGAUCCAGACGGCAUGGGAGAUUGUAGGAGAUGAGGAGAGACGGAAACGAUAUGAUGCGCAGGUCGAUCUUGCGCAGCUGCGGAAGGAUGUGCUGGCGGACAGGCAGAGUGGUGGCUCUCGUGUUGGACCAGAUUCGAGGGCGGCGAGAGAGGGUCCCUUGAGGACCACUUCUUAUGCCCGUGGAGCCGACCGAAGUCAGGAGACAUCCCCGACAUACGAAGAGCGUAAGCCUGGAUAUGCUCCUGCGCCUUCUGGCGGCGACUACUUCGACUUUGCUCCUCGGCCUACAGCACGAAAAGAUUCCGAGUAUGAGCGGACGAGCAAGCGAGCUUCGCCUCGUGAGUCAGAUCGGGAAAGGACCAGGUCGAGCAAAGAUGUGAAGGAGACACGAGCACGGCAGUCGAAGGAGAAGAGUAGAAAAUCAGAUCGUGAUAUGCGAAAGGAUAGAGACCGCAAGCAAGCUUUUGUGGUCGACGAGGAUUCUGCUGAGAGUGAUCUUGGAGAGUACGAGCGUUCGGCCAGACACGGGCGUGAAGAUCCUGCUGAGCUCCGGCGAGCAAAAGAGUCAUAUCAUGAUCAGGCUCAGAGGCAGAAAGAGGCGGCUCAGCGUGGCUUCUAUGAUGCUGAUGAGCGAGCACGGAAGCUGCAUUCACAGUACGAUGAUGCGAGAAGUCAUAUGGAGCAGGCACGGAGCAAUCAUCCUCGAGGCGAGCCGGAGAGACGCGAGCCAGAUCGACGUCCUUCACCCGUACGUGCUCCUUCGGUGCGAGACAGUAGAGUUGAGUACAUAAAGCGAGACGGUCGUACGCCUGUCAUGGUUCGGAGAGGUUCCGGCAGACCAGCAUCCAGUGGACGCGAUGACGACCGCAGACCAUCGGCACGCGAGAACAGUAGGAGGUCAGGAGACGAGUAUGACGAGCAACCUCGUCGUCCACCUCCUCUCAGCCAAUCGAGAUCGUCUCCGGCUGAAAUUCGACUACCAACUGAAAAGCCACGAUCGCACUCCAUGCAAAUCGAUCCGUCUGAGAAGGAAGACUUUCCACCCAAGAUCAAGCGCGCAGAUAGUAUGCCUGUGCAACAUGAGCGUGGACCAAGGCGGCCCCACCCUGUAUCCAAGGGAUCAACACUGCGACAGACUGAUUUCGUGGACGGCGUGCCUACUCCAGGUGCCACUCCAGAACACAACGGCGGCACCUCACCCAACAAAUACAGAUAUCAUGAAGAAUAUGCCGAUGAUCACGAGUACCCCACACCAGACGGCUAUCGCACCGAAACCCGUCAACCCGUUGGACCAAAUGCUCUGACCAGCAAACCAAGAUACACCAGGAGUCCUGAUCGCAUAAACGAUCGCGAGCGGGAAAAGUCGAGGAACACAUCUGGCAGAUACGAGGGUGCGCCCUCCAGUAGACCAGGAAUGCCGCAGUCGAGGAGAACGAGCUAUCUCUACACACCCGGCCAAGGUGUCGAAUCUCUCGCCCGACCUCCCCUCAGUCGGGAGAACAGCGGUAUCAAUCCCUCUCGCACCAACUCUGGCGGUUUGUUCGGGGAAGUGCAACCUGGCGUACCAAGUGAACGGGACGCACGAAGUCCGCGACAGUCUCAAGACCGGUAUCCUCCUCCGUCAGGCGUGCGUGUGCAGAAGGACUAUAGACCGCAGGACUUCAAGAUCCAGACUGGUUAUGAGACUUCUAGACGAGCGAGUGAUGCUAGGCCGGCUUAUAACAGGAACAGUAGUUCUGUUUAUGCUAGGUGA